GCCCGCGUCCAGGCGCCGCAUUCACCCAGGACAGUGGAUCCUGUGAACCCCUGGGGUGCGUUUGGCUUGUUCUGAACCUUCAAAAAAUGACUUUCACUUGCGUCUUUCUUUUUGGAAGAUGUCGGUGCCGUCGGGUUCGUCGUUUCUGAAUAGUUCUUUACCUUGUCAGGGCCGGAGAGGCCUUAAAGUUGGGGGCCAUUAACCCCGGAGCAAUGUCAAUAACCACCCCGACAUUUCACAGCUAAAUAUGACAGGGACACGGCCAGGUUCUUGGUGGAGCUCACCGACACCCGACUGCUGAGUAGGAUAUGUCUGAGCACAACAAGUUCCAGCAACGCAAUUCUGAUAACUGGAUCUCUCUGGUCAAAUAAAGCCAAACUAAAUGGAGAAUUUGGAACAAGAUCAAAUACUGUUUGAAAAACAGUACUAUGAAGACCUUUUGGCCUUAAAAAACUCAUGCAGGCAGAGGCUGCUGAUUGUGGGCGAGCACUAUGAGCUCCAGAAGAACAAAUGCAACACGGAACAUAAAAGUAAUAUGAAAAGUUUAGCAUCAACAGAAGAACUAGACAAGUUUUUCAUGAAUAAUGUACAACGAGUUCCUGUGAAGAAUAGUCACUGUAUACUGCAUUCAUCUGGAAACACAGUGAUGAGAAAAUCCUGCUCUGCAAAUGAACUCAGAAGUUUAACUGAUUCAGAGCUGAAUGUUAAAAAGGAUCCGAAGAAAUCCAGCAGACCCAAGUCUGUUACUUCAGCUUGGACCUCACAGUUUACAGUUCCUCAGCCAUUUGACAUGACGAUGCGGGAAAGUCAAAAGAAGAUUCAACUUCUCAGAUCCAGACUAUUGCUGGAAAUAGCAAAGGAGCAAUUGGAAACACAGGACCGGGAAGUGACAGAAUGCCAGAAGAAAUUCCGGGCUCUUCCUGUACCAGCUCAUGUUUAUCUUCAACUUUAUGAAGAAAUGAAUGAACAGAAUGACGAAAGGAGAAGAAGAGGACGAGAGAAGCGGAAAGAAUUCCUGAUGUCCACACAGAAACCAUUCAGUUUUACUGAGAAGGAAGAGGAGGAGAAAAAAGAGAAUGAGAAGUUGAAACUACAGAUCAGUGAAGUCAUACCAGAAACGGUGAAGAAGGCAAAACCGAUAAAGAAAAUUCCACUGUCUGUUAAAGAUCCAACAGUAAGCGAGAAGCUAAAAGAAGAUGAGCUGUUCAGAAAGAUCCGCAUACAGAUGCGAGCUGCAGACUUACUCAAAAGUGCUUCUUCACCUAUAAAUCUUCAUCCUUACAAAAAGGAGCUGGCUAGAUCAAGCUCUAUGAAAACCAGAGAGAAAAAGCUGGGAUUCCUGGAAGAUGAGCCAAAGUUCAAGCCGAGGAUAAAUCCAGACGUUCCUGAUUAUGUAAAACUCUACAAAGCUUUUCAAAGAGAAGCGAGAAGAAAGGAGCAGGUGAAGGAGACAACCAAAUGUGUGCCCUUUGAACUUCAUACAUCAAAACUAGCACCACGGCAAAGCAACACAAGUGAAGUUGUAUCAAAGGAUUCUCAUCAGAAAGUUAAGACUCAUUUGAAUGAAAACAAUUCUUUCAGUGGCAUUCAUUCACUAUCUUCUGAUACACUUCCUACCUACACAACAGAUGCUGCAAGGAAAAGGCACUCAGCUGUCAGAAAAUCUCUAGAAGAACGAGACAAACAAGUGCUCGAGAAAGCUCAGUGGAUGGAGAAGUACAAGAUGAAUACCCAAAGCAUGAGCAAAACUUUAUUGACACGGGCUAAAGCUAUGGACCCUCAUCAAAGCCUAGCAGAGACCUACAAAAAAACAUUGAAGCAGUAUAGACAGCGAGAUUUCAAGAGGAAGAAAGAAUACAUGAAGGAAAUGGAGGAGAUGAAGAGACGAGUCCGUAGCAGACCGUUCCUCUUUGAACAAGUCAGUCAGAAAAAUGCUUCAUCCGUAGCUGAGAGACGGUACCGUGAAACAUUGCGGCAAGCUGGAGUGGAUGAAGAAUUUGUGGAGGAUAAAGGAAGAAAUACAGCGUCUAUCCCUCUUACAAUAUCGGAUGAAGAAGACAAUAGCUUUGACAGUGAAGACAGCAGAGAAAACCAGGAGAGUGACGAGACAAGUGAGCCUUCAGAAAGUAUCAAACCAGUGGGAGUAAAUGAGGAAAACAUUAUUCCAAAGGACAAAGGUGAAGAGGAUGGAGAACAAGAUGACGAUCCUUACUGAGACAAACAAAAUAAUCUUGAGUAAGAAAUUCAACCUGUGAAUAGUACUAAUAGUUCUAGCCUUCAGUUAAAAGAAAGACAACAAUAAAUUAUUCACUCUUUCUACAUUAGGUUUGCAAUUACAAUUACUCCAGCCUGUGUUUUGAUGUAGAUAUGUUAGCAAGCAUAAUGUGAGCCAAUUACCAAUGUACACUGUACCUUGGAAACAUAUCAUUUCAGAAUCCAAGCACACACCGCUCUUAAAAUUAGUGACAUAGCAUUGAUGAACUAUCUGAAUUUUGCUUUUAUCAGUUUAAUAUAUUAUUUCACAAGUUACAUCCAUGUCUCUUUUGUACAUUUAAUGUAAAGUUUUGCAUUUGACAUGUUUGAAGGACAUAAUGUACUUGAGCAAAGGACAUUCCUGCUGGGUAUCGACAUGUUAAUAAACUAGAAAGUAAAGUAUACCUUCUCUUAAGAAGAGGCUAUUCAGUCUGUUAAGACCAUUGAUUGUAAGAACUAUCGAACUCUUUGGAAUACCCCUACUUUUUACUCCCGCUCCCCCGAGAGCCCUUCAAA